UAUAAUAUUUAGAGAUUAAAUAUAAAUAGCCUCGCAGUAUUGAUUCUAGAGCAUAUUCAGCUAAAUAUCCAAAGGGUCAAGAGCGCAGUACAAUAAGUCAUGUAUAAAAUAUUCUCUUUGGUUUUCUGCAUAGCCGUGAGUUUGAAAAGGGUUCAUGGAAAUGCAGAAGACAAAAUAGCUAUCAUGAGUGCUGUGAAACCAUUUGUAGAGGAGUGUGCGAAGAAACAUGGCGUCACCUUCGAAGCACUCCUAGGUGCUAAAGCAUCAGGCAAAAUAGAUGGCAUUGAGCCUUGUUUCUAUAGUUGUGUUUAUAAGAAAACAGAAUUUUUGAAUAGUAAGGGCGAAUACGAUGUAGAUACUGCUUUAGCCAAGCUCAAGAAGUACAUUAGCAACGAUGACGAUUAUGCCAAACUCUCACAAGUUGGAAAAGAUUGUGCAUCAGUAAACUCCAAGCCUGUCGGAGAUGGAGAGGCUGGAUGCGAGAGAGGUGUCCUGCUAACCCAAUGCUUCUUGGAUCAUAAGGGCGCGGUACCCAUGUGAAUCUCUGAAGACAGACUAAAAUGAUAGAAUAAGUACAAUAAUACUUAUUUUACUUCCUUGCAGUACAGUAUUUAUUAAAGAUAUCGUAUCACUUACACAAUGCCUGCAGAUUUACUAUAAAUGAUUGAGAGUGACAAAUUGCACUAUUUGAUGUGUUUUAAUUUGUAUAAUAUUUAAGUAUUAGUACUAUAUGUAUAAUAAAUGGACAAAUAAAUAAAUGUUUGCAAUUGA